UACGUGGCAGCCUAAAUCCCCUAUAAAUAUCCCAUACAUCAAACUCUACUCUCCAUUAAAUAACGGAGCCAACGUUUGAGAGAAAGAGAGAGAGAGAGAGAGAGAGAAGCCAGCCAAGAGAAAUGGAGAACUUCCCAGUCAUCAACAUGGAGAAACUCAACGGUGAGGAGAGGAAAGCAACAAUGGAAAUCAUCAGAGAUGCCUGUGAGAACUGGGGUUUCUUUGAGCUGGUGAAUCAUGGUGUACCCAUUGAGCUUCUGGACAAGGUGGAGAAGAUGACCAAAGACCACUACAAGAAUUGUUUGGAGCAACGAUUUAAGGACCUGGUGGCCAGCAAAGGCCUUGAGGCAGUUAGCACUGAGGUUAAUGACAUGGACUGGGAGAGCACCUUCCACCUCAAGCAUCUUCCUCACUCAAACAUCUCAGAAGUUCCAGAUCUCGAAGAUGAGUACAGGAAGGUGAUGAAGGAGUUUGCUCUUAAACUGGAGAAGCUAGCAGAGGAGCUCUUGGACUUGUUCUGUGAGAAUCUUGGACUGGAAAAGGGUUACCUUAAGAAGGCCUUCUAUGGCGCACAGGGUAGUCCUACCUUUGGCACCAAGGUCAGCAACUACCCUCCGUGCCCCAAACCAGACCUCAUCAAGGGUCUCCGAUCCCACACCGACGCCGGAGGCGUUAUCCUUCUCUUUCAGGAUGACAAGGUCAGUGGCCUUCAGCUCCUCAAGGAUGGGGAAUGGGUUGAUGUGCCCCCAAUGCGCCACUCCAUUGUUAUUAACCUUGGUGACCAACUUGAGGUGAUUACUAAUGGGAAGUACAAGAGUGUGGAGCACAGGGUGAUUGCUCAAACAGACGGCACAAGAAUGUCAAUAGCUUCAUUCUACAACCCUGGAAGUGAUGCAGUUAUCUACCCAGCACCAUCUCUAGUGGAGAAAGAAGCAGAGGAGAAGAAUCAAGUGUACCCGAAAUUCGUGUUCGAUGACUACAUGAAGCUCUAUGCAGCCGUCAAGUUCGAGGCCAAAGAACCCAGAUUUGAAGCCAUGAAAACAGUUGAAGCCAAUCCCAGUUUGGCUCCAAUUGCCACAGCUUAAGAGCAAAACUUAAUCUCUCUAUAGCUAUAAUUUAAUGGGUGUGUGAAUGUGUCGGCAAAGUGUUUGCUUGAAGUAGAUUUCAGGCUGUACUACUAUAUCGUGUGACUUCUUCAGUUUGUGGAAUUUUAGAGUGAUUUACCAA